AUGUCUCGUGCUCGCAUCAAACCUCGUAUCAAAGACCCUGGCGUCCCCAUCAACACUGACGGCAUGACCGACCGCACGGUCGACGCAUACGGCCACCCGCGCGAGGGCGAGAGCAGUAAACAUCCCUUGGCGCGCGCCGACGCGGCCAGGCGCGACAACGCCGACAACGCCGCCAACGAGUCACCACCCCCGUCGCCUCAGCCGCAGGUACCCAGGAAGCGUCCGCAGAUCGUCACCACGGCCCAGGUGCUCGAGUCGGCCAGGACGGGACGGCCGCUUCUUGGCCCCCAAGCGGGUCGUGGUGUGCCGGCCAAGAGCAAGGUCAGCAAGGUUAGCAAGCCCAGCACGGUCACCAAGGCCGGAACGGUCAGCAAGCCCAGCACGGCCAGCAAGGUCAAGGCAAAGGACAAGGGAAAGGGAAAGGGAAAGGCGGUGGUCAGGACACCCGCUGGCAAGGAGAACGAGCCUCCUCAGACACAAGCUCAGACUCAGGCCAAGCCCAAGCCAAAGGUCAAGUCCAAGACCAAGACCAAACCCAAGCAGGAGCCCGAGCCAGUGGCCAAACAGGAGCCCGAGCAGGAGCCAACGGCAGAGCAGCUUCAGCCCCAGCCCGAGGUCGCACCCACCAAGGCGCAGAUCGAGGACAUCGAGAGCGAGAUGCGCCUGGAGUACCUGAAGCGCACAGCGCUCAUGGCGGAGCAGCUCAUCGGCAUGGCACAGAGCCUCAUGGCUCCCGACGAGACUCGCGGUGUUGUCGGCCACAUCCACGAGGCGCUGGAGCGCAAGCCCGACACAUGGCCGACGAUCCUCACCAUGGUCAAGCUGCAGAUCAAGGAUGACAAGACGUUUGGCCAUUUCAUCACUGGUGUCCUCAAUACGGAUGUCCAGGCCAUCAGCGUGGCUGUCAUCUUUACGGUCCUCUGGUUCCUCGAGACCCACAUGGGCAUGGAGCCCGCGGACAUUCACGGCGUGCUCGAGUACAUGCGCAUGGGAUACCAAGACGACAAGGACUACACGCACCUCGCGGACAUGGGCGGUGCCGAGCUCGUCGACCGCGCUUUUGUCCAGGCUCGCCGCCGUACCAAGUCAAUGACGGAGGCGGAAGUCGCCAACAACAGCAAGAAGGGGGAGGACCAGUCGCAGGUCGACUUGGUCUCGAGUGAUGUGGACUAA